UCGGUCAAAGAACGCUUGAAGUCUUCAUGUCAAUGAAGACAUUUGUAUCUACUGUAACUUUGCACACAGACACACGCACAAGACUCUCAAAACAUGAAAUUGCACCGAAAAAACAUGGCUGAGGAAACUCUAUAGGUUGCUGUCUUGAAACGAGGAUAGCUUCAGGUACACAUGUUAGUCAGGCGAAACCAGCCCUAUGGCCGCCUCAGGCCCCUAUGCACACGGAGGAAGCAGUAAAAAACCUCAAUGAGGUUGUUAGCUGUUUCUAUUCUCAGUUUGUGCAUCCCAGACCUAAUUCAAUCGUAGACUGCGGAUGUAUUUCCACAUGUAGGACCAAGGGUGGCCGGCCGAAGUUUGGGAGGCUGGCUUCUUUGAGUCUUACGCGGCGUCCAUGCAUUGGACACUGACCCAGUUCACACCUGCCACCAACAACAUUGCGCCGGACAACGCCUUUGAAAGGCUCUUCGCGGUUUGGGUGAUCCUUUUGGCCAUGGGAGUCUUCUCGUCCUUCAUCAGCUCCAUCACUGCCACCGUCAGUUCCUUGAGGGCAUCCCAGGCGAAGCAGUUCCAUGAGCGUGCUGCGCUCCUGCGCUUCUUCUGCGAGCGGAAUUUGUCGGCGGACCUCUUUGGCAAGGUGAACGAGGUGUUGCGGAAAGAAGGGAUGUUUCAAGUCCGUAUUCAGGAGCAGGAGGUGGGCCUCAUCAAGGGCAUCCCUGAGACGCUGCUGCAGCAGCUUCACGAGGAGAUGUACAUGUCUCUGAUGGCUCACUUGCCCUUCUGGCCGGAGUGGGCCUAUGGUGAGGACAUGCACUUCCUGCGGAUUGUAUGCCACUUUGCCAUGAAGGAGCACAUCGCCAAGCCCAUGCAGGAUGCCUUUUUGCCUGGCAGAUGCAGCCCAGAGGCCUUGAUCAUUGAGACUGGGCACAUGUGCUACAUCCCUGCGGGCUCCACCCGCGACAUUGUCGUAGGUGAAGGGGAUAUCCUGUGCCUGGCCAGUUUAUGGGCUGAAUGGCAAUACCACGGACGCCUCACCGCCAGCUACGGUUCUGCAAACUAUGUUGGCAUCAACAGCGUGACCUUCUGCCAAUUGGCCACUGAACAUGGAGGUCCGUUGUGGCAAUACUUGCAGAUCUUUGGCAUCUUGCUCUUGGGUCUGUUGGAGAGCAGCGGCAAUGCCAUCACCGACCUGAUCUACAAGAGCUCGUUGAUGGAGUUGGGCCCGCGCGCUGAGAAGUAUGCCGCGGUCUUCAACGCCCGCAACGCGCGGACGAAGGGCUUCUCGCGGUCGCAGAGCGGCAGCAAGGAGUCGAUCACCUGGUCCAAGAACAUGGUGCAGACCUUGGAAACCUUCGAGAAAUUUGGCUCUCAGAGUCUCGGAGCAUGAGCUGAACGCAUCCGGAGCUGAGAACGAAACGGAUGAGGAACGAGCUGAACCGUCUCGAAUCGGAGAGAGCUAACCGACCCUUGUGAGCAAAUGCAAGAACUUGUACAAC